AUGGAACAGCCAAACAGUGAGAAGGAUGAGCACGAGCUCAGCCUUGACCUCACCCUCCGCGUGAGCUCGGCAGCUGAGGCGGAGCAGGGCGGCUUCUUCCUCUGCGUCUACUGCGACCGCAAGUUCCGCAGCUCGCAGGCGCUUGGUGGCCACCAGAACGCGCACAAGCACGAGCGCAGCCUCGCCCACCGCCGGCGGGAGAUGGCCGCCGCCACGGGUGCACACGGGGCCGGAACGCGCGCGCAUGCGGCGCAGGACGAGAGGCCCAGGUAUGUUUCCGCCGGUGAUUUCGUCGAGCCUUCCGCUGGGAAGGCGGGGAGGACGGAGGCAAGUCCGUGGAAGGUUGCUGCUGCUCCCAUGACUGAUGAUGUGGACCUGUCGCUCAGGCUAUGA